GGUGCCAUAGGCCAAUUGAAAUUUUCGCGGAAAUCGGAAGUCAUUUGUUGAUCGCUGGUGUUUACAAUGACAUUUCUACUGUCAUUUUUAUAAAUAAUAAUAAAUAAGGAAAAGACUGUUGAAGCCUCGAAUUUUCUUCGCCUAAACUCAUCGAUAAUCAUUCAAUAAUCGAUUAUUCAAAUGAUAAAUAUGACAGCAGCUCCGAAUUUCACAGUGGAAUCAGCAAAAGCUGCUUUGAAUGAGAUUUUGACAGCUCUAAGUGCUCCAGAAAACGUCAAGAAAAUAUCAGAAGCUAAAGAGAACUCCGGCAACGAGAUGCUGAAGAUGAUGCAGUUUGUGUUUCCCAUCGUAAUCCAAAUACAAAUGGAUGUAAUAAAGAAUUAUGGAUUCUCCGAAGGACGAGAGGGUCCACUGCAAUUUCUCCAGUGCAUAAGAACAUUAGAAAGAGAAGAUCCUGAAAUUGGGAGAUUGCACAAUCAAAUUAGAGCGUAUUUUCUUCCUCCAGUUGCCAGCAGUCCGUCUGGCGAGGCAUCACUGUAAUCCAACCAAUCACUAUCAAUUUUAAUUAAUCAAAAAAUCCAAGGUAAUUUGCAUUUUAUUGGUUAUUCAGAAAUAAACAAUAACGAAUUGUUUUAAUUCUUUAUUUUCAUAUACAAAACUCAAUCGAGUAACUUCAGUAAAUGAAUUCAGUAAGGAGUAGUGAAGUGUCUUGCAUUAAUAUUUCAUCGAGUCAUCAAAGUGAAUGAUAAUGUAUGUUAAUCAAAUUUUUCUUUGUCAUUUUCUGGGAUGCAGUGGUCUCUAGAAAAUUGUCAUCUUCACUCCUUCCGUGAAUAAUCAUUUGCUGAUGUUAAUGCGACGUACAAAUAAAAGUGUUUCGUCAGAAAUUCACAUGAUUCUCUUGGUGUAGUAAAUAGGUUCUUUUGAUAAUAUUUCAAGCAUUUUUCUCAUAAAAGUAUAAUUAUAAUGAGAUUAAUUUUAGGUAUAAUUCUACAAUGUUUGAAUUUUCUACAUGAAAAAAUAGAAUAUUGUUAAAUAAAUUAUCAUCUGCCUGGAUUACAAUUUUUUUUUAUAUAAUGAAAGAUCUCCAAAGCUCAAUUUUUCCCUAAAUCUAUAAAUUAUCAUUUAUCCAUUUUUUGUUAGCAAUGAAAUUAAUUAUAUCAGUUACGGAUUAAUCAGGUCCAUUGGUGCAAACAAUAAUGAAGGAUAAACAAAGAAAAAUAUAUGGGAACUCAAAAAUUUGUACAUUUAUUUGCAUAAUUAUUAUCAUUAAUAAAGUAUAUAAUAUGAUCUGCUAAAAUAUAUAAUGAUAAAUUCAUUCGUUACUUAAAGUCAUAACAAAUUCCAGGCGUCGAUUUUAGAAUUUCCUGGACAAUGAAAAUCAUAGAAUAUGAUUAAUAUUUCACGCUCGUGUAGAAUUCAAAAUAAAAUUACGGAGAAAUUGCGGAAGAAUAGUCUGUUUUUUUUUAUCUCAAUGAUGAAAUUGUGGAACGUAAAUAUAUAAUUAUUAUUCCAGAGCAAAAGGAGAUAGCGUUGCAUCUACGGAAUGCGUACAGUACCAAUUGCGUUGAUAAUUCCAUUUCUUGAGCACUUUUUCCACAAAGAUGGUAAAAAAAAAAUUGAUUGAAAAAUUACAACUGCCUCGAAAAUGAUAAAAGGAUAAUUGACAAUUUUGUCUCACGAAUUUCCAAGAAAACAAUGAAAAAUAACGAAUAAUUCCGUAAGUAAUAUUUCGUAUGCGAUAUAGAAUGUACAAUUUUCAAUAAUACCAUUUUAAUUUCUCUUUAAUUAAUAUUAAUAAACUGUUGUUAGUCAGGGAAAUUGAUUGUAGCUCACAUUAUCAUUUACAAACUGCAAUAAAUUUCUCCAUCGACUCGGUUCCUCUAA